AUGACAUGGGCGACAUGGCAGCUGGGCACGUUGCUCGCCAAGGUUGAGCAGCUGGCUCUGCGUGACUUUGGCAAAGCCCGUUACCAUACUGGUUAUGUGCCGGUAUGGCGACAUUUUCAUGGACCGAAUCUACUACCCCUCGAUCCUCGACCGUCUCGACUCAAUGCAGAACAGACUCAGCCCUUGUCUCAGACCUCAGCUGCCUGCCCAAUGUCCACCAAAGUCAAGCUGCCACGAGCGCAUAGGGGCCGAAUGGGGCGUGUGCCGUUCGACCUGGAGCAGCACCCCUUUCUGAAGGCCUAUCGUCAGCCUCCAGACCAUCAGGCAGAACAAACGCCGCGUGCCUCUGUCGGUUCCGAUUGUACCGCCUCCGAAGCGGCAGUCGAUAGUUCCAGGGAGGCCACUAAAAUCACAGUCAUCAUUAGCACAAGCGGGGUGCACAUAACGACGGCCGUGGAGAAAGAAGCCAAAGUUAGUGACCGAGGCCAAAGGCGAUAA